AUGUCCGUUCACAGAACUAAAUACGCUGCCGUAGUCUGUGGUGGCGGCCCUGCAGGCAUUACAGUACUUGGAAACCUUCUGGAAAGAAAGGUUGGCCCAGUGCUUUGGGUAGAUGACCUAUUUGAGGCCGGCAGAGUGAACAAAGCAUACAGAGAAGUGCCUUCAAAUACCAAGGUCAAACUGUUUGUCGACUUUGCUGAAGCAGUAUCACCCUUCCAGAAAAUCUUGAAGGAAACACCGUCACCCCAUGCAGUAGACUACCUCCGAGGGCUUCCCCAGGAUACUGGUUGCGAUCUCGGCUAUGCUGCGGACAUGUGUUUGCUGCUCACAGAGGGUCUGAAAAAGGCACCUGGUGUUGAAGCUCGUCAAGGCAGGGUUACUGAUGCAGUCCUAAGCGAAACGAACGAUUGGGUAGUCAACGUCAAGCUCUCAAGCGGCGAGACAAGCAAAGCAAUCUCAUCAAGAGUCAUCCUCUGCACUGGCUCAUCUCCGACAAACCAGCAACUCCCAGUCUCAAUCUCCGACCUCUCGCCACUGGAGCUAGACCACGCUCUUAGUCCGACCCUUUUGGCAAAGUCACUGCCCAAGGAGUCAACCACUGUUGCUGUCAUUGGCGCAUCCCACAGUGCUGUCUUGGUGCUCAUAAACCUCUACAAUCUCGCUUCCACCACCCACCCUGAUCUGAAGAUCAAGUGGUUCACCAGACACCCUCUCCGCUACGCCGAGUUUAUGGAAGGCUGGAUCAAGCGCGACAACACAGGCCUCAAGGGCGCCGCGGCGGCAUGGGCCAAAGAGAACCUCGAACCCGCAAAGUUCGGUUCAUCACCCGUCAGCCGAUUCAUCCAAAAGAUUGCCUACGAGAAGGAGAACGAGACUCGGACCUACGAGCAAGAACUUGCUGGCUGUAAUCGUUAUGUCCAAGCUAUUGGCUACACUAGAGAUCCUCUGCCUGGACUCAAGGAUGCUGCUGGCUCGGACAUUACCUACAAUUAUCAACCCGACACUGGUUCUUUCAAGAACGUGGACGGCAAACAGAUUCCUGGUCUCUUCGGUGCCGGUAUCGCAUGGCCUGAGAGAGUCACCGACCCCGAGGGUAGCGUGGAGUGGGCGGUAGGCUUCUGGAAGUUUAUGAGAUACGCAAAGAGAGUCGUCCCGGACUGGAACUAG